UCAUUUAACUUAAAAAUUAUACACUUUUCUACUACUAUAAUCCAAAAAAUUCUUCUAAAUUUCUCAUAUUUUUCAGUCAGAUUUUUUUUUUGAAGUGUUAAGUCUAUUUGUUUCUUGUAAAAAUGGAGAUAUCAGUAAUUGGUAAUUCACAGAUGAAGAUUGGGAAGAUCGAAGAAAAUCUGAGAGAUUUAUGUAUUUCCAAUUUUGGAAAUAAUAAACAGAAAUCUAGGGUAUUAUUUGAUCAAUCAAAGAUCAAGGAAAAGGGUAAUUAUGGGUUUCGAUUUCCUCUUAGAGCUACGCAAUCUAAUGUUAUACCUGUCGAGAAGACAUCUGCUUCGCCUAAUUCAAUUUCUGUUGAUGGUGUAAACCUUUUUGUUGGGUUACCCGUAGAUACAGUGUCAAGGGACAACACACUGAAUCAUGAGAGAGCUAUAACUGCUGGCUUAAAAGCUUUGAAGCUAAUGGGCGUUGAUGGUGUGGAGCUUCCUGUCUGGUGGGGAAUUGUUGAGAAGGAUGCUAUGGGAAAGUAUGACUGGUCUGGCUACCUUGCUAUUGCAGAGAUGGUCCACAAAUUGGGUUUAAAGCUGCGUGUAAGCCUCUGCUUCCAUGCUUCUCAGGAACCAAAAAUUCCUCUCCCUACUUGGGUUUCUCAAUUUGGUGAGGCUGACCCAAGUAUAUACUUCACCGACCGCUUGGGGCAACAAUACAAAGAGUGUUUAUCAUUAGCUGUAGAUGAUUUGCCUAUUUUUGACAGUAGAUCGCCAAUUGAAGUGUAUCAAAAUUUCUGUGAGAGCUUCAAAUCAACAUUUUCACCUUUCAUGGGAUCCACUAUCACUGGUGUCACAAUAGGGCUUGGACCUGAUGGCGAGCUUCGUUACCCUUCAUGCCAUGAUUCAGCAUCACACAAUAACCACUCGGGUGUUGGAGAAUUCCAGUGCUACGACAAAUACAUGCUCACAUACCUCAAGCAGUAUGCUGAAAAGAUGGGCAAACCAAUGUGGGGUCUGGGUGGGCCUCAUGACGUUCCUUCAUACAAUGAGCCUCCUUGUGCGAAAAACUUCUUUAAGGAUAAUGGUGGAUCUUGGGAGACUCCUUAUGGCGACUUCUUUCUUUCAUGGUAUUCCAACCAGCUCAUCUCUCAUGGGAACCGCAUUCUUUCCAUUGCCUUGACUGUUUUCGGUGAAACUCCAUUGAUCAUUUCUGGAAAAUUACCCUUGGUACAUUCAUGGUAUAAGACUCAGUCCCACCCUUCAGAGUUGACUGCUGGUUUUUACAACACAGUUAAUAGAGAUGGAUAUGAAGAAGUUAUUGAGGUGUUUGGCAAGAAUUCAUGCAGAAUAAUAUUGCCAGGAUUGGACCUGUCAGACGCUCGCGAACCAAAUGGAUCAAGUCCUCAGUCAUUACUUGCACAAAUUAAAGAUGUAUGCAGAGUGCAAGGGGUGGGUAUAUCUGGCGAAAACCUUUCACUUUCUAAAGUAACUGAUGGAUUUUCUAAUAUAAAGAGCAAUCUAUCAGAAGAGGACCCAAUAGUGGAUUCGUUCACGUAUCAAAGAAUGGGGGCAGAUUUUUUCUCCCCUAAACAUUUUCCUAUGUUCACAGCAUUCGUUCGUGGAGUAAAUCAGUUGGAUAUAGAUGUCGAUGAUAUGCCAGAAACUAGGAGAGUUGCAGAACCUGUACAUGUGAAGUCAGAAGUUCUCCAGGUGCAAACUGCAUAAAUGUUCUUUCUUUAGAAGAGAUUAUGUAAAUACUGAUUAUAGAGAAAUUGUCAUGUAAACCUGCUCUGUAUCAAUGUACUUGCCAUAAUGUUAAAUUUGUAGUUAUGUUGAAAGUUAAAUACAUAGUAUUUGUUUCCCAGGUCUCCCUUAUUUGGCUUAUUGCAGCUGUUUAAGGUUACGACAUGUAGGUUAAUGAUUGUUUAGAGCAAAAAAAAAGAAAAGUAAAACGUCUGUAGAGAGUGCAGCUCUCUCAGUCUAGUUUAUGAACCUUAUGCUCGCUGAAUGCUUGCCCCUUUCAGUUUA